AGUCAGACCGGAAGUACAGGCAGUUUUUCUGUCAUCGCGCAGAGGGAAGCAGUCAGCGCCUAGUGAGGUCAUCUGCUUCAAGGUGCACCUGAACAUCGCCUGUGGUGUUAAAACGAGAAGUCAGAUAGGAUGUCUGGAGAUUUGCCCUUGAAUAUCAACAUUAAGGAACCACGAUGGGACCAGGGCACAUUUAUGGGCCGGGCUCAGCACUUCUUCAUGGUGACGGACCCCAGAAACGUGCUGCUAUCCAGUGAGGUUUUAGAGGAUGCCAGAGUUACUGUGGAGAACUACAGGUUAGGGGUUGUGAAGCCUGGGCUAACAGAAGAUGCACUGUGGAGGGCCAAAUACAUCUACGACUCCGCUUUCCACCCAGACACAGGAGAGAAAAUGUUGCUAGUUGGACGCAUGUCUGCACAAGUGCCCAUGAACAUGACUAUUACAGGCUGCAUGCUUACCUUUUACAGGACCACCCCAGCAGUGGUGUUUUGGCAGUGGGUUAACCAGUCCUUCAAUGCUGUUGUCAACUACACUAACCGCAGUGGAGAUGCACCGAUCACUGUCAAUCAGCUUGGAGCAGCAUAUGUCAGUGCCACCACCGGAGCAGUAGUAACAGCACUUAGCCUGAAGGCUCUCACCAAGCACUUGCCAGCUAUUAUCAGCCGUUUUGUUCCAUUUGCUGCAGUGGCAGCAGCAAACUGUAUUAACAUCCCCUUCAUGAGACAAAGAGAGCUGAAGUGUGGAAUUCCUGUUACUGAUGCUGAGGGAAAACGUCUCGGAGAAUCAACUAAUGCUGCUCAGCAAGCCAUCGUACAGGUGGUGGUGUCUCGAAUUGGCAUGGCAGUGCCAGCCAUGGCUAUUCCCCCCGUUAUCAUGAAUGCCUUAGAGAAGAAAGCCUUCCUGAAACGGUUCCCAGUUCUGAAUGCCCCUUUACAAGUUGGACUUGUUGGAUUCUGUCUGGUGUUUGCCACUCCGCUGUGCUGUGCUCUGUUCCCACAGAAGAGUUCUAUGAAGGUGAGCAGUCUGGAGCCGGAGCUUCAAGAGAGCAUACGACAAAGCAAUCCUCACAUCAGCACUGUUUUUUUCAACAAGGGUCUGUAGAAAGCUCUAGGCUGAAGCCCAUGCUGAUGUCCUCCAUUGCACUGGAGAUUAGUGGGCACGACUUGAAGGAUAGAACAUAUUUAUUUUUGUUUUUCUGCUCCGAGUUUUGUCAGUUUUACCCAUGUUAUCGUACCAUCCUAAAGGGUUAUAUGUACAGUGAAGGCUAGAACCUGCUGCUGAAUUUAGUUAAAGAUGCUUGAAUGUUAUCUGCUGCAUUGAUGCUUCUCACCCUAAUCUUGUGUUAACAGCACUCGCAUAUAGACUCAUUUAUCAGUAUAUUCAUUACUUUGAUUCAGUUUAGACUAUCAUAUGUAUAUUGUUUUAUCCAUUAGAUUCACUAGUGUUGUUUAGAACUUUCCAGAUUGUUUCCAACUCUACUCCUACAGUGAAUACAGUUACAGAAAUCAGGUGUAUUCUGACAUGAGUGUUUCCACCUUUCGUGCUCCAUUAUGUGCCUAUUAAAAGGGUAGAUCAUCCA